AUGGGUCGGCGCGUUGUUCAAAGUGAAAAAUUAAGUUUGCGUGGCCUUAAGAAAAAAGGUAAAUUACGUGAGACCCUAUCGAAUAAAGAAAAAAAAUCGGUAGCGCGUGAAGGUCCAUCAAAAAAAGAAGCCAAAUCGUCUACAACAACGAUUACAACUAGUAAAGGCAAAUCGAAAGCAAUACCAAUAAAGAAAAAUGCUAUUAUUAAAAAAACAGAGUUAUUGAAUACUCGGUCUUUUACAUUAUUAAAAGAUCGAUGUGAUGGAUUUAUUGACAUGGAGAAAAAAGCACCGCAAUAUCAGCCGAGCAUGGUUGAGAAGGCUGCUAAUCUUUACCCUGAUAAAUAUUGGCAAUUCCACGCUGAAAGUAAUAAUGGGAUGAUAAAUUAUAUUAAUGAAGAACAUCAACUUGAAUUGAUAAAUGUGGAUGUGCGUGAUCAAGGACCAAUAACUGGUAUGACACUCUCGCCCGAUGGAGCAAUGCUUGUGACAUUCUGUAAUGUAGGAUGCGCAAAAAUAUGGGAUACAGCCGACUUCAAAUUAAUCCAAAAAUUAAGAGACAUAGAGGAAGUGAACAUUGAUGAAUUCUUUGUGGGUAAAUUCAUUCCCGAUCAUACUCGUAUGGCAAUUGGUGGAAAAUUGAAAGAUCGUCAUCAUUGGUCAAAAGAUGAUGAUGAUAAUCAUAUUUUACCAUGUCCUCUUAAGAUUUUUGAUGUUAUUACUGGAAAAGCUAUCGCAAGACUUGAGGGACACACUGAAGAAAUAUUGUGUGUAAAAACUGUCGUAUAUAAAGGAGUACCGUAUUUCUUAACAACAAGCCAAGACGGAUAUAUCAUUAAAUGGAAAAUGCGCGAUGAUUGGACAACACUCAUAAAUAAGCAACCGAUGGUUGAUGGCUUAACGUGUAUGGCAUUUACUGUUUCGUUUGUUCCAAAUACAGCAAAUAGAUAUUUUAUGGCAGCUACAGAUGAGCACGUUAGAUUGUACGAUUUUGAUGCAGCACAGCUCAUGCAAACAUUUUCGGGUAACAUGUAUUCUCAAUAUUGUGAUUGCGGUAAAUUCAUUCAUCCUGUCGAACCAUUAGAAGAUGAAGACAUUGAUAACGAUAGUGUCGAGGAAUGUAAUAGUAAAUCUAAAAAAAAGAAACCAAUUCCAAAAUUCGCAUAUUUUAUCACACGUGGCGUAGAGAUUUUAGAUGCGGAAGGCGGCAAAAUAGCAUCACGAGGUAAUGUGUGUAUCUUGCACAAAUUGAUAUAUCCUUCUAAAAAAGGACAACCAUUUGAACUUAAAGAAGUACGAAGAUUUGGACAUAAAGAUUAUCAUUCCAACUCGUGGCUUAUAAAGAUUUCUUCAAAUGGUCGCUAUAUCGCAGCUCCAACAAUGACUGGACAUGUUUUUAUAUUCAGUUUAAGGACCGGGGAUGUCACAGCCAUAUUAAGAGAUCAUGAAGAAGUUAGAGAUGUAAUAUUUCAUCCAUGGAAACCUUUGUUAUUCACUAGCGCUGAUGAUGGUUGCAUAAAGGUCUACACUUGCAAAAAUGGAACUCAAAUUGAAAAUCAACAAGAUUAG